CGGCCGCGGGGCCUUAUGGGCUCGCACGGCGUUGCCAUGGAGACGGCGGCCGUUGGGGCAGUUACCGGGAGUUUGUCGGCUCCGCGUCCGUUCAUCGGUGAACGGCUGCUGACCGGGAGCGACCGCGGCCGGGCCCGGACGGGCUGCUGGCCUCGGGAGUCCGGCCUGUGUCACUGCUACCGGCACAAGGCAAGCUGCGGCGGCAGAAUGCAAUCUGACAGCAGAGAACUGGACAGAGGCCAUAAAGGAGCGGUCAUUGCGCCAGAGGUGUUGGGAGAGACUGUGAGCAACGCUGGAAAUGAAGCUGCCCCCGCACGGAGUGAAGGCUGUCCCGUCAGCAGGGUGUCAGGACCAGAAGUGAAACUAGAAGGUUCUGAUAAAGAAUCUGAAGAGAAAGCUAUUGAAAAUGCAAUUGGCCAGAGUCAGUGUGAAGACAGUUUGAAUGACUAUAGCACUGGAGACACCCUCCAGAAGGUGCAAAAAGGUGUUAAAACUGAAGACAAAGCCAUCGACUGUACAUCCAGAGCAUAUCAACGGAAUGAACAAAAAUUGGUGGGUGAUCACAAGUCAGUAACCAGCUCAUUCGGCCUAAAAACAGAAGAAAAAGGGGGCUGUGUAAGAAUGACAAAAAAGAUUCUGCAAGACAUUUGUAAGCAACACAAAUUAUACGUGACUCCAUCCUUAAAUGAUACGCUUUACUUGCACUAUAAAGGAUUUGACCGCCUGGAGAAUCUUGAAGAGUAUACUGGAUUGAAGUGUUUAUGGCUGGAAUGCAAUGGCAUAACAAAAAUUGAGAAUUUGGAAGCGCUCACAGAGUUGCGCUGCCUCUACUUACAGCUCAAUUUAAUUAACAAAAUUGAAAACCUGGACUCGUUACAAAAGCUGGAUUCCCUCAAUCUAAAUAACAACUAUGUCAAGACCAUUGAGAAUCUCUCUUGUCUAAAAGUCCUGAACACUCUGCAGAUUGCUCACAAUAGGUUAGAAACAGUGGAAGACAUACAACACUUGCAAGAAUGCCCAAGCAUUUCUGUUCUCGAUCUUUCCCACAACAACUUAAGUGAUCCAAAUAUUAUAAAUAUUCUGGAGACAAUGCCUAACUUGCAUGUGCUGAAUUUAAUGGGAAAUCAAGUGAUUAAGAAAAUCGCUAAUUAUAGAAAAACACUUACUGUUCGACUAAAACAGCUAACGUAUCUGGAUGAUAGGCCGGUGUUCCCAAAGGAUAGAGCCUGUGCAGAAGCCUGGGCUGUUGGAGGGCUUGAAGCUGAGAAGGCAGAAAGGGAAAAAUGGGAAACUAGAGAGAGAAAAAAAAUCCAAGAUAGCAUUGAUGCUUUAGCAGCAAUCAGACAAAAAGCAGAGGAAAAGAAAGCACAGAAGGAUAUAGAAGAAAGAGAUGCUGGUGCAAACCAUGGAAACAAAGGUGCAGCAGACACCAUAGAAGACAGGAGAGAUUGCACUGACGUCCCGUCUGGAAGGAUUCAUGUAAGAAUUCAAGAACGUGCACAUGAGUCAAAUUCUAACAGAUGCUCAGACUUCAACAGGAAGAUAGACGAUCUUCCAAGAGAGAAAACAGCUUCUGAAGGGGCUGUGGUUCCUGAGCUGGCUGAGCAUGCUGAAAUCAAACAGGUCAAACACGAGACACCAGAGAAACUUCAACUUUGUGAACUACCUGACUUAGAAGACAUAGAUGUAAAGGAAUUUCCUCCAGAAGAGGAAAUCUUUAUUCAAAAGCAAGAAUAUCACCCAAAGAUUGAAAUAAUUUCUGAAAUGACAAAUGAUGUUGAUUCUGCGUUGGAGGAAAGCAAUAAAACCACAUUUGAGGACUCAGGAGGAGAAGCUGCAACAUCCAUUUUUUCAAAUGUGCAUAAGAUCCAUAAAGAGCAAGAAAGCGAGUGCUUUGUUAAAGAGUUCUUUACAGAGCCUUCUCAUUCAGAAAAAGACAAACCAGAUAAGCUCUGUGAAGUCUUGAUUCAGGAGAUUAUUACCCAACCUACUGAUGACCUACCGUUGUCAUCAGUCUGCAAUCAGCCAGAUGACCCCAGCCCAUGGGAAGGGGACAGUAAGAUCACCAUUGCUUGCUCUGGGAACAGUAUUGAUGGAGAAGCACAGCUGCUGAAUAAACGUGAAGAGUGUUCUCAUGAACCCCAUGAUGACAUGGACAGCGAGAGAGGAUUAGAUUGAUGGCUUUCAGCAGAACAGACCAUCAUGCCUGGCUGACUGCGUUACAGUUGUUCUCAAGAUGCAAAGUUCAGCAAUAGAACUGCUUGUUAAAACGGAUCUAGCACUUAUUAUAAAAACCCAUUGCCUUAAACGUGAGUGUUUCAGUCAGUCAGAACUGAUGUGGCUCCAAUACAUGACUAUCAGGGCAGGUAAGGAGUGCCUCAUGUUCCUCCUUCCAAAGGUGCUGGUCUCUUUGGGGCAGCUUUCCAGCUGCACUGCCAGUAAAAGUGAGGGCACUUGUGUUUUAAGGUUAAAUUCCACUCUGUUAUGUUGUUCCCUUUUCAUUUCAACUUUCUAGAAACGUUUCUUAUGUAACUUAUGGUUUUGUUACUUAGUUUCAUAUUGUAACAUGUUUCUGUCAUUUGAAUUAAAUAACCAUUCUACCUGUAA